UUGGCCUCCAACGAGCUGUGGGGCGACUUCACCAAGGCCAGCACCCAGGAGGCAGGCGUCAUCCGCCAGAACGAGGAACGCGGCAACUACUCGCUGCUGCCCUUGGACAAGGUGGGCAUCUACCAGGGCAUACGCCUCAAUCUGGACACCCCGGACGACAGUCUGCGGGCGCUGUUUCAGAAUCCCGACUUGUCAUGGUCGUUUGAGCACGGCUGGAUACGACCGCUGGGUGCCCCACCUGCAUGUUGUCCGGCCUGGAAGCCGCUGCAUUCGCCGGCCAUGCUCAAAGCCUAUCCGCAGUACGCGGACAGCCACGUGGAGACCUUCGACCGCGACGCCGCGCUGGCGGCGUUCGACGAGCUGGGCCUGAACGACUCAGCGACGGCGACGGCUACCGCGAGUUUCCGGCCGGGUCGCCCAAGGCGGGCAAGACUAUCGGCUGGAUGA